CGCAACAGUAGAGUUACCAGCUACCAGUAAUGAAGACAGAACUAACGUUAUUACUGAAGAGACACCUAUAGUUAUCGAGUUUUCACAAUCUCAGCCAGUAGAGCUUCCCGACACAGCUAGACUGUUGCCUUCAGUGAUGUUUCCGAGUACGAGUACAAUAACAAGUAAGACUACCACAGAUGUAACAGUCCCUUUGUACACGUUACCAUCAAAGAAAAAACAAACACCAAUUACGUCAUUUGUGCCUAAAAAAAUCACACCAUCGGAUAAAAAUAAAAUUGACUUGGCCAUAUUAAAAUUAUUUGCUUGGGAUUUUCAGCCAUUUUCAAUGGUAGAGGACAGAGGCUUUAAAAAUCUCAUGGAAACUUGCUGUCCUUCCUAUAAAAUACCUGGUAGAAAAUAUUUUUCUAACUCAAUGAUGCCAGCUAUUUUUGAAGAAACCCGCACUACACUUAAACAUACUUUAGAGAAGGAAGCAACAAGUGUUUGUCUUACAACAGACAUAUGGACAUCAAGUAAAAACGACAGUUAUAUGGGCAUCACAGGCCACUACAUAACUGAAGAUUUUUCAAUGAAAACAGUACUUUUUCAAUGCUCAGUUUUCGAAGAAACCCAUACUGCUAAAAACUUAGCAGACGAAAUUUUUUCAGCUAUAAAUGAGUGGGAUAUAAAAAAUAAAGUAUCCAUGAUAGUUUCAGAUAAUUGUUCAAACAUUACUAGUGCAGUAACAAAAGUGUUGAAGAUGAAACACUAUGGCUGUUACGCUCAUAAGUUAAAUUUACUUGUCCAACAAUCAUUACAUCCUGUUGAAGACCUGAUAAAAAAAGUCAAAACUAUAGUCUCCCACUUUAAACGUAGUAACAAAGCAUCACAAAAACUGAUUAAGUAUCAGGAGUUGCAGGGAGCCAAACAGCCUAAAAGGAUCUUGCAGGAUAUUGCUACAAGAUGGAACUCUACGUUCUACAUGUUACAAAGGUUCGUAGAUUUGGAAGAGGCUAUAAAAUAUUCCCUAGCAAUCCUGGAUACCGAUUUGACCCCAUUAAGUUCGGAUGAGUGGGAAAUUUGUAAGCAGUUGUGUGACGUCCUACGCCCAUGUGAAGAAGUUACCAAAGAGAUGAGUAGCGAAAAAUAUUUGAACGCCAGUAAAGUAAUCCCAAUAACAAGGGGUUUGAAGUCUGCUCUUAAGAAAAUUUCUGUUAAUGUUACUAAAGAAAGUGUGAAAGACGUGCUUAAUUCCAUGCUCAAAAGCUGUGAUGACAGAUUUCCGAACUUGGAAAAAAGUAAAACCUUAAGACUUUGCACAUUCCUCGAUCCCCGCUAUAAACAUCACAUGUUUCUAGAAGAAUCUACAACCAUUGAAAUCAAGAAAGACCUGUGUGAUUUAUUAGUUGGAGUCAUAAAUCAAAAAAGAAAUGAACAAAAUCCUGAGGACCUCAGUGAUAAUGAAGUUGAACCAGACCAAGAAACAGAAUCUACCGAGAAAAAGAUUUCAGUUUGGGAUGAUGUUGAGGAAAUAAUUGCUAAAGUGAAACCGAAAUCCAAUCCCACUUCAAUGGCAAUCCAAGAGAUACAAAAAUACAUGGAUGACAGUCCAAUAUCUAGGAAAAAGGAUCCACUGGAGUGGUGGAAAUGCCACAAAAACAUUUAUCCCCAUCUAGCCACAGUAUUUAUUCGGAGCUGUGGCAUUGUCGCAACAUCCGCCCCUUGUGAGAGGAUGUUCUCUAAAGCUGGUUAUUUUAUAAGUGACAGAAGAACCCGUUUAACAACAAAAAAAGUAAAUGAACUGAUGUUUUUAAACACAAACCUAAAGUAGACCAAGACUUUUAAAACUGCAACUCUGGUGAAUCGAGGGUAGGCCUACAGUUCUUCGAAACUCAUUGUUUUGUAUGUAAUUACACCUACAUAAUUAAUAUUAAUGACUCUAGUUGAUCUUUUGAUAUUUUUUCUAUUAUGAUGUUAUGAAGUACUAUCUUAUUAUAAUUAUGUCAUUUCUGUUAAUUUGUUCCUAUUUCGUAUUUAAUGCCUAAGUAUAAGUUACCUCAAACAAAACAGACUGAUACAUGUUAUUUUUU